UCAAUGGAAGUAUACAUGACAUUUUGUUUACAGUCCCUUUAAAACAUGAAAUGGGGAUAUUUACUCUUUUAUUACUAAAUCAGUAAUUUUCCAAAUGAAGAACUAUGUUUUCAGAGAAGUAUAAAAUGAUGUAAUGGGUAGGGAAGAAGAGGAUGAGAUAUCCUUGACUCCUAAUCAGGUUGACCCCUCCAGCUAUUCUGGUAAACAGCCCAGCACUCCCUGUCUAGAUUCUCCGCUACAGUUUAACUACCCACAACAUUUACCUGUCCUAAACCCAUCUCCGACCCUGAAUUAUCAAUUCUCUCCACAAUGUCCAAGCACCUCUCAACAAUAUCCAAUCUAUGGCGCGGACGAAAGAUUGUAUCUCGGGCGAUCUCAAUCCGUUAACAAUCCUGAUUUAUCCCUGUACAACCCUAGCUCUCUAAAUCUACAGUCACGAGUUGCGGGGAGUAUAUUUUCUCUUUCAUCUACCUCCCAACCAUCCAUAGGAUUUGGAACGGACCAUUCUAUUGCUGAAAGAUUGAAUGAAUGUGAAGUAAAUAAAUUAUAUUCUAAAAUACCUAAACUAGAAUCUAUACAUCAUAGUAGAGAUAUGAACCCACAACUAGUUCCUUGUACAACCAACUCCAAGAUGUUGGAGAAUAAACCCGCUCCUAGCUGUCCUGUGAAUACCUUACACCAGACCAUACUGCCUAGUAUAGUGGAGCAAGAUAAAAAUAUUGAAACUAAACCUCAAGGAGAUAUAAGAUGGGGUACUAUGAUCCCCCUGAUAGGGGGUAGUGCAUUAGGAUGCUGUAAUGCCGCAGGAUCAAAACCGCUCUUCCAUCUCACUUAUACAGCUUUUGGAAACAAUGAACGCCAUCUCUGUCGAUACUGGCCAGAUGUUCCCUAUAUAGAUCUGGAGAAGACAGAGAUUCCUCAGGAGUUUACCAGGGAUAUUGAUUUCAUCAACACAGUGUGCCCCUGCGCUGGAUUAUCUAUGCUAAAUACGUCAAAAGGAGAGAAGUCACGAGGUUCAGAUGCUGUGCAGAAUCAAUGGAUGAUACGAUCUGCUGUUUUUGUCCUGGAAACUAUAAAACCUAAAUGUUUCUGGGGGGAGAACGCUCCCGGUCUUUUUACUUCAGUUGGAGAAGAGAUGCUGAGUACACUUAGAGAAAUAGGAUCAAGGUUCAACUACUCCUUUUCUGCUGUGAAGACGAAUACUGAGCUCCAUGGUAUCCCGCAGCGUAGAAUCAGAACUUUCUAUUUCUUCUGGAGAUCAGAAACUGUCCCUAUCCUCUCAUGGAAGAAAGUUGGUAGAAAGAAGCUGGUGGAGUUUCUUUCUGAAAUCCCUAGCUCGGCCACACACCAGGAUUGGUACAUGACUCCGGGUCUAGCCUCGGAUAGGUUUAAACCCUACCUGUUUGUCCUGCAGAGGGAGGGAUUAUCUCACGCAGAGUUCUCACAAAAGUUCGUCAAGGGAACCAUCACGGAUUAUCUUUUCAAGGCAAAUCUUAUUCAGGAGUGCAUUGACUGGUUGAAGAUUCACUAUCCUGAGGAGGGAUUUUACGGACAGGCUGGUGGGAAGAAAUGUCGAACCUUUAUCCAAUAUCUGGAGCACGCAAGGAUGAAAGUAAACAAGGGUUUAGGAUACUGGGAUGAUUCACCAAGAUUUGUUGGGUUGGAUUACUGGCCAGCUAUGAUAAGGAAGAGUAUGAUUACAGCUGUACACCCGGUAGAGGACAGAUAUCUGAAUGUUCGUGAGAUGAUGCAUCUAAUGGGAUUACCCUUGGACUUUCAGAUUGAUCAUCCGAGAAGUAUCAACCAUAUUGCGCAGAAUGUACCGGUGUGUACUGCGCAAGCGUAUGCCGAGGAGGUGAUCAAGUUCUGCAGAGGCAACCUGGAGAUGACGCCGUACUCCUUCAUGAAGCAGGAUAACACAAACCAUCAAACCACCAGUACAGAGUAUCCAUCAAAACAGAUUAUGUCGGGAGAAAGUUGGAAGAAAAUUCAAGCUCAGUGCACGUCGGUCAGUCCUAUUAAUAAGAAGAAACCUCCUAAAGAAAAGGUUCCUAAAGUUCCGAAGAAUCCAAAAGUUCUGAAGGUUUCUGGAACUUUUAGAGAUAUAAGAAUGGCAAUGUUGCUGAAAAAGGAAGAAGCAAGACAGAGGGAUAGAUUAGCGAUGAAUAGGUUACAAUAUAACAACUAUGGAACUCAAAAUAUAUUUCAGUAUUCUCCAAAAUUUGCAGCGUUAACAAGCAUUAACCCACUGUCACAGGAUCUACGGGUUUCAGGAGAAAACUCCCACGGUCUCACUAAGGUUGAACACUCAGAUAAACCUUCUAUAAGAUGUUUUGUCUGCUCUAUAGAACUGAGUCCAGUCACCAGGUGUUUAGUUUAUGAUCAUUACUCAGUUCAUUUCCAGGACCAGCUAAUAAAGAACAAUGGAUCUAGAUCUGAAUGUAGGAUCUGCUUGCUUAAAUACUCAAAACCUCGACGCCUUGCAGUUCAUAUUGGUCGGGGGCACUCACUAGUAGAACAGUUUAUUCCUCUAACUGCAAGAAUUAAUCCUAAAUCAAGUUUAUCAGCUGGCAUUAAAGAAGAGGUAAAACCUGAAGUCAAGUUAGAACCCUUUGAGAGGAGAAAAGUAUCUGUGACCAAGCAAAGAGAAAAGGUUUGUUAUAUCUGCAAGAAAACCGUGAGAUAUAGAAAGUUUAAUGACAUGUUAGACCAUUAUUGCAAUCACUUGAAAGUGGAACUCAGCGGUUUCAACUCGAAUACUUCCUCCUGUGAUUAUUGUGAGAAAACGUUUGAUCCUAAUGUUCCAAAAACUUUAUACCGACAUGUAGGACUAACUCACAAGAAGAUUCUUGAAUUAUCCCAGAAGAUGCGAAGUUGGAAACAAAUUUUACAGUGUCUUUAGAUGUAAGUGAAAUUAGUGCCAUGUAUCCUAAACUAAAAAAUGAAACAUCAAAAAGUCAGACUAGUACUACAAUCGGAGAUUCCUCUGGUUAUGUAGCCGCUGCUGAAAGUCAGACUAGUACUACAAUCAGAGAGAUCUCUAGCCAUGAAGCUGCUGCUGAAAGACAGACUAGUACUCCAAUCAGAGAGAUCUAUAGCCAUAUAGCUGCUGCUGAAAGUCAGACUAGUACUCCAAUCAGAGAGAUCUCUAGCCAUAUAGCUGCUGCUGAAAGUCAGACUAGUACUCCAAUCAGAGAGAUCUCUAGCCAUAUAGCUGCUGCUGAAAGUCGGACUAGUAAGCCAAUCAAAGAAAAGGUUUGUUAUAUCUGCAAGAAAACCGUGAGAUAUAGAAAGUUUAAUGACAUGUUAGACCAUUAUUGCAAUCACUUGAAAGUGGAACU